AUGAGCAGCCAGUCGUUCCCGGCCGGUGACAAGCCCCUGGUCACUCUUACCCGCCCUUCUCCGACCGUAUGGCAACUUGAGAUACAUCAUGCGCCGGAUAACAGGCUCACUCGUGCGGUUGUCCAAACCGGUCUGAGACCCGCGCUCGACGCCGCGGAGAGCGAGUGGCGAACGGCGCGCAAUGCGGCGUUGAAAGCCAAGGACAAGAGCGCGACGGCCGGUGCGGGUGCUCUGGUCAUUGUUGGAAUGCGCGGGCAGGCCAAGUUCUUCUCCAACGGAUUCGAUUACCAGUCUGUCGUUGCAGACCCGACUUGGUUCACUGACGUCUUCGACCCGUUCCUGGUCCGCCUCUUGACUUUCCCCAUGCCGACGGUGGCCGCAAUCAACGGACACUGCUUUGCCGCUGGACUGAUCACGUCUCUCGCGUGCGACUACCGCGUCAUGACGGACGGCAGCAAGCGUAACGCUUGGUUGUGCAUGAACGAGAUCGACUUUGGCGCGAACUGGCCCUCUUCUUUCGCCGCUAUCGCCCGUCACAAGCUCUCCGCACCAACCAUACGCACUCUCGCCCUCGAGGGACACCGCUUCACACCUUCCGAUGCGCUCAAGGCUGGUAUUCUCGAUGCCGCAGUGCCAGGUGGCACCGAAGCCGUCUUGUCCGCUGCAGUCGCGCUCGCUGAGAGCAAGGCCGGCAAGGCUCGCGCAGGAACGUGGGGCCUGAUUAAGCACGAGCUCUACAGGCCUAUCAUCGAGGUCACGAAGACGGAGUACAGGCCAUGGAACACGCAGAUCGACGAGGCUGCUGCGAGGGCAAGAUUGGCGAAACUAUAG